ACUAGCUGGUAUGACCUUUGACUUCCCGCACGCGUCGUGACGCAGUUGUAACUUCGUUUCUGUGGUAACCAGGCUGAGCGUCCUUCUCUGAGCGCCGCAUCGCAGAGUUGCAGGAUAAAAAAUGUCAGUACUCACUUCACCAAGAGGAAAGGUAGAAGUGGUUCAUUGCCGAAGAACAGAAUCACAGGAUAUUUAUUGUAUCAAAAACCUCAUUAGAAAAUUUACCCAGAAGCUGUUUGGGAGGCUAAAUAUCAUCUAUCUUCUGGAAAAGGCAAACCUUGCUGUUACCCUCUGCAAUGACAAGGAGGAGAUAAUGGCCCAGGCUACCUUUGUGGACUAUCCCAACUGGAAUAUCUCCAGUCAGGACAACUGGGUAUCCGUGUUCCGGGAGCUCGACCCUGAAAUCCCAUGCACGCCUUUGAACACGUUGUUCAUGCACCUCUUUGUGGCCGUGGAUGAAUAUUCUGUUGGCUGCUGCAGAGAGAUUAUUCGGGCUGUGUUUAAGGCCGUGCCAGAACUACACUUCAUAUUUCUCAUAGUGCCAUCCUACAUGAGCCUAGGCUCGACUCUCAUAACGGUGUUUGAACAAGUGGGGAACAUUCCGAGUCUGAUGUAUGAUGAGGACUUUGCCGUGCACAUAUGUUGCAGAGAAAAUCAUUACCCUCAGCUGCACAUUCGCAAUGCCAGGGUAGAAGAUCAUGAUGAUCUCAUGCCGAUAUUUUUGCGCCAUGACACCAUUCUGAAGGAAACUUAUGGCGAGUACUUCCUGGCUGAACUAAUUGAGGCCCAAGAUGAAGAGAAUCAUGCUGUUGUGUGUGAGGUGGAAGGUGUAGCUGUCGGGUUCAUGAGUGUGUGCUCAAGAGUGAACAUGCAGCUUCUGCAUGAGUGCUUUGACUUGGGGCCCUUCCAUGGACUCUGCGUUCCACAUCCUGAUGAUGUUCUGCAACCACCUCCAGAGCUAAGCACUGAAGGAAGUGAAGAUGCUAAGCUCAGUAGUAGCAGCCACAGUUUCCUGAAAAUAGCAGAGGAGCCACAGGAACAAGUCAUUCCAGAGACCAUGGAAAGCAUUCAGAAGGAAGUCAUAGAAGAAGCCCCAGCUGAGGAGAUGUCAUCAACAGUCCGAAGCGGAAAUGCUAGUGAACUGGAGGACACAGAAAAAUUCAGUCAGCAGUCCAGUGUGGGUGACACAGAUUACUGCAUCAGCAGUUUGAGCUUGGGAUCCCUUUCGCUGCCUGAGGAGAGCAGCUCCUUCCGCCCCAUCUACAAGGGAGCCUCAGAUGCUUUUUGUAUUCAGCUCUUUUGUAUUGAGGAGAAGUAUGAAGCAAGGUCACUGGACUUUAUGAAUUUUGUCUUCAGUCUUUUCCCUGACAAGAACUACUGCAUCAUCUCUCUGCCACACCUCACCCCUGAGUUUGUCCUCAUCCAGAACUUCGUGAAGAUUGUCCCCUUCAACAACUGCACCCUGGAGCAGGAUCUCUAUGUCUUCCAUCGGGCUGGAUUGCUCAAGUCUAUUAAAAUAAGAUUAGCCUCUUUGUCGGAUACUCCUGGUGUUGAAAACCUUGUUAGCACUCUCAUGCUGAAUAAAAGUAUAUUGGAAGAUUUAAAGCAAUACAAUGAGGCUCACAGAGACCCUGAUGGAACACCACUGAAAGCAUUUGUAGCUGAAGUUGCAGAACAAAUAGUUGGCAUUGCAGUGAUCAGAGAUGAAAUGGAUAUAGAGUACAUACGAUCCCAUUACAACAUUGAAGAUUUCAUCUACUUCAGUCACCACCAACGGGAAGAACAUGGGCACUUGUAUCACUUUGCCCUGAACCCUAUUUUUCGGCACUACACCAAGUUUUUUCUGAAGGAGAUCCUCCGUUUAAGCUAUAAGUCCUGUCUCUACUAUCCUGUUUACCCACAAUCCAGGGAAGACAAGUUCCAGAGCUCCUAUGCCCACUCCCUGACAUCCGCCCUUCAUUACUUGGUUCCCGUGCGGCCGCGACGACAGAUUGUCUAUCCUCUGGAAAAGCUUGGCAUCAACGCUCCAUCAAAGGCGGUCUCCAAGGACGCGAUGUUGGUGCCUGACUCUGCUCUUCAUGGGGAAGUUCCCACUGUCUCCCCUCUCCCCUCUCCCUACAUGUUCUGCUCUGCAGGAGCUGUUUGCUCUGGAGGAUGCUGCCUUGGGCCCAAGAACCCUUGGCCCCUCUCAGGGCAGCCAUGCUGAGAUCCCGGUUCCCUUGAGCUUGAAGUGAGACAGGACACCAGUGGCUUGGCUUCUCUUUCCCAACGUGCCUGCCCUCUGGCGAACCACCCCAGUGGAGAGCAGAUGGGGGAUACAGCCCCCCAAGCCCAAAUUCCAAAAGAAUCUCCUUUGCAAAAUAAAACAUAACAAAACAUUAUGUAAGUCAAUAAAACUAUUCAAUUUGUCUCAUAUUUUUUUACAAAUACAAAAAUAUGCUAAAAGUAAGAAAAGCCAAGCCAAGUCAGGAGAAGUACUAAUGAGAGUUAACAUUUGUAAAUGUCAUAUCCCAUAUUCUUUAUAAGAAUGAGCUCAUUUAAUCCCCACAGCCACCUUUGGUCUAGGAGCUCUUUUUUUUGAUGAACCACAUAGUUAGAUUUCCAGUUCAUCUUCUCAAAUGCUUUUUAUGAACCAUCCUCUGUCUCUCUCACUUUAUCUCUCUUUGUCUCUCCCUAUCCCUCCCCCCCAUCACAUACACACAAAUACACACGUGCACGCACAUACAAAGAGUACACAUAAUCACCAUCCGAACAUUGUCCUGGAGAAGUGCUUGAAUUCCAGGCAUGUAUACUACACAUAAUCAACUUCCCAAGCACAGUGGAUGACCACUGCCUGCUUCCUGCUUUUGGAGUCCUGUUCCUCACCCCUGCCUCCCCUAUCCAGGUUCUUCCCAAGAGCCAAGUGGGUUUGUCCUUCCCUAAACCUGCCUCUCUACCCUGGCACAUCACUUGUCCAGGUGUUGUGUUCUUUGUUUAGACUCUGAUACACACCGUGGUUUGGACCUACAUUCAUACAGUCACCCCCUGCCUGUGUGGGCAGACUCUUCUGCCUAAACAUGGGCCUGGGGCCUUUUCUGCAUCUCUGGUUAGGAAGCUCAGAGCUGGAGACUUCAUUUAUAGCCUUUGAAUGUCGUAUCAGGAUUUAUUGUGUGCGGGCCCUGCUCUUGGCACCAAAUCUGCAGCAGUAAAGUGGGCAAUUCCUGCCAUCCUGGUGCCUGUGUCCUAGUGAGAGAAGCACACGAUGGACAGAGACACGAUGCCAGGUGGUGGCAAGAAGAAAGCCCAAGAGAUGAUGGAGGAUAAGGGGUGGGGGGUGGAAAAGGCCUCUCUGGUAAGGGUCACUUAAGCAGAGACCUGACACGAUGGGACAGUGGGGGCCGGGAGAAAGGAGCUGAUUUCCCUUGUUCAUACCUGUCAGAAACCCAGGCUGUCCCUGGGCCUGCCCCUUGCCCCCAUGUGAGAACUGCCUCCACCUUGCCGCAGUCCCGUGGGGACACACACCCAAUGACACAGCAUUGAUGCUUUGCCUUUGAUUUCACAGUUAUUUGAAAUGAUUUGCACGACAGAAGCCAAACUGACGCAAUUCGAACAUUUCAAAUUUUGUACAUAAACCUUCCUUUUCUUUGUAACCUUCCGUAGCUUUUUGCUCAAAGAAGACCAGAGCUAUGUGGUGUUGUGACUCCCUUGAAACAUGAUUUCUAUUUUUAAUAAAGGGAAAAAAACCCAACUCAGAUAAGAGUUUAGAAUUUCAGGUAUCCAAAUGUUUGGAAAAGGUUAAAUAUUUUACCUAGAUGGCAGUUGGCCUCUUAGGAAUUCCUGGGGAAGGCAUUGUGUCUGUUUAAGAAAAAAAUGACAAAGUAACUGCUAUUUUGAAGGCUCUACUUAACAGAUGUGUAAAGUAUAGAAAUCUAUGUAUUAUUAAAUAAUUCUUUAUAAUAUGCUCAAGAAUAAGCAAUUUGUAAGCCUGUUUAUGUUCUCGCCAUCUGGGCGCAUUCUGUCACCCAUCUGUUUCAUGUAAUUAUGUAAUUAUCAAUAUAAGGAAAGAAUAGGUGAUAUAAUUAACAAGAAAAACUGAUCCACACUGAAGAGUAAAAAUGACAUGCAUCUGUU